CAGGAAAAGUAGCGGCACUCUGCUCCGGACGACUGAGUGAGACGCGUGAAAGAUUCCGACGAGGAGUGAUACUUUUUUUUUCUUCGAAUGACCGUAACUUCAAGAGGUUAUCUGUAAAGAUAGCCCGAUAAGUGGAAUUAUUCACAUUUUUAGCCACAGUUUAACUUGGAAGAGGUGUAACUGUAAGCAAGGACGACCAGGGUUUUUGCCUCCGCCAGUGGUCCUCAGAGAUGUUUGACAAACAGCCCUACGAGAGUCCACCUGUGUACACGCCACCAUCCAACAAUGGGUUUGGAGCACCAGGCAGCUUCCAUGCUCCUCUGAGCGAUUACAACGCUUACCCUCCUCCGCCGGGAUCUUACUACGUUGAGGACCAGCCACAGCACUUCUACAAAUGGUUGUCGCCUCCAGGGAUUGUGAAAGCCAUGAUGGCUUUUGUCAUCGUGAUGUGUUUGGCCAUAUUCUCCUGUGUGGCCUCCACUCUCAUGUGGGACAUGCAGUAUGCAAAUGGAAUGGGACUAGGAAUGGGCUAUGGCUAUGGAUCUGGCUACGGUGGUGGAUAUGGAGGAGGCAGCUACGGCUCAGGAUACGGUGGCUUCGGUAGUUAUGGAGGCUACGGCAGCUACCAGGGUUCCUACAUUUCCCCAUACUCAGCCAAAACGGCAAUGAUUGCCAUGGCAGCCAUCAACUUCAUCGGGGCAUUGGCUUUCUUCAUUGCCAGUUUCUCCAAAGCUACCGCCAUCCGCAGCAGGAAGUACUUUCUGGCCGUCCUCAUUGCCAGUAUCAUCAUGGCUAUCCUACAGGGCAUCAUAAACAUUGUGUAUAUAGUUGGAGUAAACCCCAUGGCCCAGGGAACGUCCAAUGUGAUGUACAACCCCAUGCUCAUGAUGUGUCAGAGCCUGUACCAGACGGGCUAUUCUCAAAUGGGAGGUGUGGGAGGCUUCCCCCUAUACAACCAGUACCUCUACCAUUACUGCUUUGUGGACCCUCAAGAGGGAGUCGCCAUGGUGUGUGGAUUCCUGAUGGUGAUCGCUCUGGCUGUCGCCGCGUUCUAUGCAAGCAAAACUAGAGGGAAGAUCUGGCGUUAUGGAAAGCCCAACAUCUUCUGGGAUGAGCCUCUGAUUGGUGGGAAGGCAACGGAGGGCAGAGAUGUCGAGGAAUGGGUGAACAAUGUGGAGGAAAACCGUAGUGUUCAGGAUGCCCCAACCCUACUCGUGUCCGAGAAGGGAGGUGGUCUGCUCAAUGCUUCAGCGAACAGUGUCAUCUCCUAUCCCCCGGCCAAGCUGGACAGCGGAUCUUUCAACGGGGACACCUACGACAACAAUGAAUACUCCGAGAGGACCCCCUAUCGAGCGUCAGAGGUUUUAUCCCAUGGGAGGACCAGCUCCAGUCCAUCAGAGGAGACUGGCGGGGGCCGUAAACCCUCUGCGAACAGGGCCAAGCGACGCAGACGUAACCCUGACAUGGACGAGUCUCAGUAUGAGACUGAGUACACCACAGGAGCAGAGACAGGCAACGAGCUCGAUACGGACGAGUGGGAGAGCGUGUACCCUGACAUUACAUCUGAUGAACAGCGUCACAACUAUAAGUCCGAGUUUGAUGUUGACCUCAGGGAGUACAAGCGCAUGUGCGCAGACAUGGACGAUAUCAAUGAUCAGAUCAACAAACUCAGCAGGCAGUUGGACACGCUGGAUGAGAACUCUGCCAACUACCAGGGUGUGGCAGAGGAAUAUAAUCAUCUGAAAGACUUUAAGCGGACACCAGAGUACCAGUCUAAGAAGAAAGAGUGUCGCAGGCUGAGACACAAACUAUUCCACAUCAAGCGCAUGGUGAAGAACUAUGACAAGAGCCACUCAUAGACUUACGCCACCUUGACACCACUUUGCAACCACUCCAAAAUGGUUCACCCCAUUCUCUGCUAUGCUUGGACCACAGUUACUGGCUUACUGGAACAGACACUGACAAUGUUCUCUGGACCCAGAAGAACAUUCUUGCACCACAGGGAACAUAUUGGAUGUUGUAUUGAUGUAAUAAUAAUCUACAAUACUAUUUUGCCAUGAUUUUAUGCUAGUCAUUUAUGUGAAGGGAGCAGACAAAUGACGCUUUUCUGGUUGCCUCACAUUAACUAGAAAAUAUGCAACGAUAUUAUGGAGAACAUGUCACUUUUUAACCUUCAUUAUGGUUAUAAUUUUUCCAACUUGUAAUUUUUUUUCAAAUUAAACUGGAUACCGAAUACCAGAAUCGGUGACACCAAAAAAGGGGACAUUUUGGACCGCUUGUUGUACUGUAAAUAAUCUCAAGACUGUUUAUUCUCCAUGAAUAUUUCUGUGAUGAUUUGUGUUAAUUUCUGAAGGAGUCAAAGGAACAACUGUAAGUAUUGCGUCUAUUUCUGUUGUCAUCUUUUUGUUUGUUCUCAAAUAAGUUGUCAUUUGAAUUAUACACAUUUCUAAAAAGAACAAUGCCUGUGACUAAUAACCUAUGCAAAUAUUUGUAUAAACUUACUUCAAAGCCAAUGAAAAUGAUGACAUGUUUGUACGGAUCAACAUAAUGCAUAAUGUUACAAUCAAUUCCGGUGUGAUCUGUUGUAAACGUGUAUGCUUUUCAAGAACAUUGUUUUCUGUCUGAUAAACGUUUUGUGAACCAUUUAUUUUUAUAUGAAUUUUUUAAAACUAUUACAAACCUUUGUAACUGAUGAGUAUUGAAUUCAUUCAACAAUAAACAUUUCUAAUUCUCUAAAAAUGAA